UCUCUCUCAGUUUCACUUUCCGUCAGUUUCACUUUUUCUUAGUAGGCUACAUCAGCAGAAGACGUCGGGGUUAGAACACAGCAAAGGAACAGAGACACAUCACCCUGGAUCUAUUGUUCAUUCCGACGUGAACAUCAUAUCGUCAAAUUAUGUUUAAACAGCCAAAGAUCAAAAUAUUUACCACUGUGACUGGAGACACCUCGAACGCUCACAGGACCUUUGUGGACAACGUUGCUGCGAAGGUUCCGCUGACCGAAGUGCAGCGAUGGGAGGAGUGUGAUGUCAUAAUGAAAUUCUGCCCCGUUUCGUCUCGGCCUGGACCUGACAUCGAUGCAGCACUAAAGGACAUUCCGGCCAAUAAGCCUGCCGUUCUGGUGGUGAUGCACCACACCUACGACCCAAAUCGCAGCGUAUAUGACAGCAGCAAUUACGUGAAACAGAGUGACGUGCUGAGCGUGGACUGUCUGUUCUACGAAUCCAAAGGGUUGUUUAGGUGCCCAGCCAAUGAGGAAGCUGUGGGGAAAACAAUUACGCACAUAAGGAAAUAUUCAAAGGAACGUCUUCCUGCCCCAGUAUUGACUGAACAGGGUGAAAAACAAGUGGCACCAGGAAAUGAGAAUGAACUCAGAUUUCAUCAAAGGGGUGAAAAACAAGUGGCACCAGGAAAUGAGAAUGAACUCAGAUUUCAUCAAAGGACAUCAAGUUUGAGGGAGAAAAUAAGCAAUAUUUCUCAGAGGGCUGCAGAAAAUCUGUGUGCUGCGGGUGUCAGCGAUGCUCAGAUUUUCACCUUAACACUGCCGGAGCUGACUGAACUGCUUCCAGGGAAGGAGAACUUCCAAAAGAGGAGGGAGAUCAUGGAUCUUAUCAGACAGCAUUUUGAGACAUCAAGUUUGAGGGAGAAAAUAAGCAAUAUUUCUCAGAGGGCUGCAGAAAAUCUGCGUGCUGCAGGUGUCAGUGAUGCUCAGAUUUUCACCUUAACACUGCCGGAGCUGACUGAACUGCUUCCAGGGAUGGAGAACUUCCAAAAGAGGAGGGAGAUCAUGGAACUUAUCAGACAGCAUUUUGAGACAUCAAGUUUGAGGGAGAAAAUAAGCAAUAUUUCUCAGAGGGCUGCAGAAAAUCUGCGUGGUGUCAGUGAUGCUCAGAUUUCCACCUUAACGCUGCCGAAGCUGACUGAACUGCUUCCAGGGAUGGAGAACUUCCAAAAGAGGAGGGAGAUCAUGGAUCUUAUCAGACAGCAUUUUGAGUUGCAGGUUUCUGAAGUUCUGCGGGAGCACCGUCACCUUCUCAAAGAGCAGGAGAGGCAGCUGCAGGCCGCCUUGGAGACCACCCGGCUGCGGAUUGGCCUGCUGGAUAAGCUCGCUAAACGGGAGGAGUUACCCGGGAAACAACCGCGUGAAGGAACGAAGAGUCCGGAGAGCGUGGCGAGCAAUGGAGAACCCAGCAGGUCCAGCCCUCUCAAUCAAAACCCUCGUGCUCCCCUAGCAGACCGUCCUGCCGUGCUUCCGGAUGAAAACACCACCAGCUCCAGCCGAAAUUAUAACUCCAGCCCACCACCAGUGUCCUCUACUGCUGUGCAGACAGAUAAAAACCCCACCAGCUCCAGCCGAAAUUAUAACUCCAGCCCACCACCAGUGUCCUCUACUGCUGUGCAGACAGAUAAAAACCCCACCAGCUCCAGCCGAAAUUAUAACUCCAGCCCACCACCAGUGUCCUCUACUGCUGUGCAGACAGAUAAAAACCCCACCAGCUCCAGCGCAGUAAAAGUCCACAUAUCUGGAGAUGGGGCGAUGUGUCCUCCUCCACAACCUUGGCGUGAGAAUUACAGACUCCAGCCUGGAGCAGUGCAGCGUGAUUCUGAGCCUCUGUCCGGUCACCACUCUGACGGGAAGAGAAAUACAGGCUUCACCCUCCCGUCGCUGUUUAAAAGAUAACAAGGAUGCCAUUCUAGUGGUAAUUAACCAGACACCGCAGACUUUCAACUCAGGCAGCUUUGUGGAAAUUAUGGGACAGAAGAGGAACAUUGUGGAAGCAGUUCACUACAUUUCGGAUCAAUCAAGCGGACUUACCAACUACGAUGUCAAUGAUAACGUAAUUUCUAGGGUCAGGCUUGCCUUACAAAAGUAUGGCCCAUUAUUAUAAGGCAGUUGGAUUUGAAUAACAAAAGAAAAACCCCAGCAUUAAUGCCACAGCAGCGAAACAAGAUUAAAUAAGAGUUUAAAUAUAAAUGAAUUGCUUAUGAAGUAUAUUAAAGUGUAUUAAUGAAACAGUAGAUGGGAAUUGCUUGGUGUAAGGAUUGUGUUCAAUGAUUCUUCAGUAUUCUCAUGUUAAACAGAGGUCAAUAAAUCCAGAACAAUGUCUUUGCAUCUUCA